GUUCAAAUUCCUUCUAAAAAAAAGCAUCCCACCUGCCUGCUCCAGCGCACCUUUUUAUCUUCCCCUCUUCCGAGCUGCGACUCUCUUCUCUCUUCCAUCAGUGUCCAUCACCUGAAACACGCACGCAGGAAAAAAAAAAGCCCCUACGAAACCAAAGCCCAGAGCUUCCGACAACCUCCUUUCCGCCGCCACCGCCGCGCAACCGACAAAACCCCUCCAACCAAGCUUCUCGACGACAUAUAACGAAAAAGCCCCCAUCGUCACCAUGGCCGAUUCUGCUGGCGCGGUAAAUGGUCAACCCAAAGCUGCCAACGGCAAUGCUGGACAGACUCUGACGCCGUAUCACUCGCUCUUCAGGCAUUUGUUUUCCUGGGAGAAGCCCCGUGACUCGGCCAUCGCAUAUGCUUCCGUUGUUACUACCAUUAUUGCUGUGAGGUACCUGAACCUCCUUAGCUGGACCCUUGGACUGUCCUGGAUGGUCUUGGCCACCACUGUCGCUGCUGAGAUUUCAGGCAAGCUGGUCCUUAACAAUGGCCUGGCUUCCCAGUUCCGCCCGCGCGAGUACUUCACCAUUUCACGCGAUACUUUCGAAGCAAUGGUCAGCGAUGCCCACGGACUCAUCAACUUCUUCCUCAUCGAAGCUCAGCGCAUAGUGUUCGUUGAGAAUAUUGGUGUUUCGGUUGCCGCCUGCGUUGCUGCCUUCAUCUCAGGCUUCCUCAUCAAGGUCGCUCCCUACUGGGUUCUUACCAUCAUCGCAACCACCAUUGCUUUCUUUGCCCCUCUGGUCUACUCCUCCAACCAGGAGUUCAUUGAUGAGCAGCUCAAGACCGCUGCCAACGCCAUCAACGCCCAGACCGCCCAAGUCCGAGAUGCCGCUCAGAAGCAGGCCGACCACCUUGCUGCUGUUGGAAAGCAGUAUGCCGGAGACUACACUGGCAAGGUUCAGGAGAUUCUGCGCACUCGCAACCUUUCUCCUUCGGCCACUAAGAAGGCUCCCGAGUUCCCCUCCCCUCCUACUGAGGAGCCCAAGGCUGCCGAACCAGUUGUCCCUCAGGAGCCUAUCAUUGCCUAAAUUGGGGCUCUAGACCCGUAGGUGUGUCUACAGUGGAAGAGAAACGAAAGUGAGCGUGAGCUGUCCUAGUGGCUGCUCGUUUCACGUUCUCUACGCUGUGAGUCAUAAACCUACCACCGAGGUGAUAGAGGUCUUCAAGAUUGGAAUCAAGAUAGGCAGGAUGCAUAGUUUUGGGAGACGACGGUGAUCACCGUAUCAGAGCAUGAUGAUAUCCGCUCAAUUGGCACGAAAAGUUUAACGUUUGGUGAAGAGCAACUUUUUGUGCUGAGAAAGGCACAUUCAACGGAGAUGAGCGUGGAGGACAUUGGCGUUUGCUACGAGACCGAUAGGUUUAUUUUUUGCAAAUUCUUUUUUCCGUUUUUCUUGUUAUCAGUUUGGGAUGGUCUUCUUUCUUUUUUUACUCUACCUCUCUUUACGCUUGCCCUACGAUGAAAGUCUCAAUUUUCCUAUAUGGACUCUAGAGGCUAAGCAGACAAGCUGUUUGGAAUCCUGUCUAGUCUACGCAGUGUGAAACGAUUUUGCAGGUUAGGUUGCAUUGGACUAUAUAUUUUUGAAACUUUUCGAGGCUGUCUAGCGUGAUGUGAAUGUGACAUUUCUGAAUAGUAACAAGGCGAAAUUCAUAAAUUAGGAUGUGUCACA